CGUGUCGGAAGUCAAAGGUCAGUAAAUAGUGGUGAUGUCAUGCAGGCAAGAUGGCGGAAGGGGAGGACGUGGGAUGGUGGCGGAGCUGGCUGCAGCAGAGCUACCAAGCAGUCAAAGAGAAGUCCUCUGAAGCCUUGGAGUUCAUGAAGCGGGACCUAACAGAGUUUACCCAGGUGGUGCAGCAUGACACGGCCUGUACCAUCGCAGCCACAGCCAACGUGGUCAAGGAGAAGCUGACUAUUGCAGCCUGUUCCCGGAGCACUUGCUUCCUCUGCCCAUUCUCUAUACAGACGGAAGGCUCCUCAGGAGCAACGGAGAAGAUGAAGAAGGGGUUGUCUGACUUCCUAGGGGUGAUCUCAGACACCUUUGCCCCCUCGCCAGACAAAACCAUCGACUGUGAUGUCAUCACCCUGAUGGGCACACCGUCUGGCACAGCUGAGCCCUAUGAUGGCACCAAGGCUCGCCUUUAUAGCCUGCAGUCGGACCCAGCCACCUACUGCAAUGAACCAGAUGGGCCCCCAGAAUUGUUUGAAGCCUGGCUUUCCCAGUUCUGCUUGGAGGAGAAGAAGGGGGAGAUCUCAGAGCUCCUUGUAGGCAGCCCCUCUAUCCGGGCACUCUACACCAAGAUGGUUCCAGCAGCUGUUUCCCACUCGGAAUUCUGGCAUCGAUAUUUCUAUAAAGUCCAUCAGCUAGAGCAGGAGCAGGCCCGGAGGGAUGUCCUGAAGCAGCGGGCAGAACAGAGCAUCUCUGAAGAGCCUGGCUGGGAGGAGGAGGAUGAGGAGCUCAUGGGCAUUUCACCCGCAUCUCCAAAAGAAGGAAAGGUUCCUGUGGCCAAAACUUCUACAUUCUCUGAAGGCGGACCUGGCCCCCAGAACCCUUGUGAAGAGAAUCUGGUGACCUCAGUUGAACCCCCAGCAGAGGUGACUCCAUCAGAGAGCAGUGAGAGCAUCUCCCUUGUGACACAGAUCGCCAACCCUGCUGCUGCACCUGAGGCACCAGUGCUGCCCAAGGACCUGUCCCAAAAGCUGCUAGAGGCAUCUUUGGAGGAACAGGGCCUGGCUGUGGAUGUGGGCGAGACUGGACCCCCACCCCCUGUUCACUCCAAGCCUCUAACACCUGCUGGCCACCCCAGCGGCCUAGAGCCCAGACCUCCAGCCAGAGUAGAGACUCUGAGGGAGGAGGCACCCACAGACUUACGGGUGUUUGAGCUGAACUCAGACAGUGGGAAGUCUACACCCUCCAACAAUGGAAAGAAAGGCUCAAGCACAGACAUCAGUGAGGACUGGGAGAAAGACUUUGACUUGGACAUGACCGAAGAGGAAGUGCAGAUGGCACUUUCCAAAGUGGAUGCCUCUGGGGAGCUGGAAGAUGUAGAGUGGGAGGACUGGGAAUGAGGGGAACUGGAGGGAGCAACUCCCCACCCAUGGCAUCUCUCACCUCUCUCGUCUCAGCCCAGCCCUGGAAGACUCUGACUGAGAAUGUCCCCCCAAAUCUCCUCUGCCAACCAGAGCUCUGGGCACAGAUUCUGGUGGCUCCCUGCUGGCCCUCUGGGCCUCUGCUCACACCUGGGAAGGGGCUCUAUAAAUCCCAGCCAGGAACUCUGACUUGUGCCAACAAUAGGAUGACCCAAGAGAGAGGAAACCUAUCCCCUUCACCAGAAGAGCCAACGUUUUUCUGCUGAAUACCCACUGUUCCUGGACACUCCUGCUGGGAAGUCCUAAAGGAUAGUUCUAGCCCUUCUGCCUGUGUAGACAGAAGCAAAACCACCAGUCUCUCAGAGGAAGCCGAGACCACACACUCUGUCCACCCAUAAGCAGGCAGGGAGGGCCCUGCCACCUGCCCUUGGCUAAACAGGGACAGCGAACACAUUUUGGUUCCUAUCCCAGUGGGCAAGAGGCUCUUAUCUCUGGGAAAUUUGCCUCUCUUGGGAAUCUCCCCCUCCCAGGCAUUUUCCAUUCCUGGAAAGACUCCUUUGGGGUCCAGAAUCCAGAGACCAAACCCUGACCCACCUCCUUCCUUUCCUCCAGCCCACGCUGGUCUGUCCCCAUGCCUUCCCAGGGCUUCUUCAUGUCAGAUGCACCCAAGUCCUUAGCCCAGCUGUGCCACCUGCAGGAGUUCGCUCUUGCGUUUCUUCCCCUCCCCAAGAAGGGAGGGGGCCACUUCAGGCCCUUCUGUGUGUUGCCUGGCAGGAUACCUUGUCCAACCAGCUACCCACCUCAACUCCCCUGUAGCUUAGGACACAAAACAGCUACCAGUGGUACAGAGCGGUGAUCAGAGCCGAGUACUUACAACUCUGGUAAGCCUAGCUUCUCUGCCUUGGCCCUUCUGCGUCUGGAAGGGCUAUCCUGGGGCUGAACUUGAAACUCUCAUCAGGCUUCUGCAAAAGCUCUUCUUCCUGAAGACAGACCCAGCCUUUGCGCUCUCACCCUCCACUCUGGUAAAGCUGCACCUCUGGGGGAAUGAGGGGCUGCAGGAAUCUCUGGAGAGCCUGGUGCUUCACGAUGCUGCUCUGGUGAUUCUUGUACCUAAUCUGGUGUGCUCACCAGUGAGUGAAAUGGAUCAUGGUCAGGGAUACCAAGAGUGGGGUCACUUCCACUUCAAACCAUCAGUGAGGGGUGGGAUGGAGAGAAUGCUGAACCUUGUUUUUGAUGGGAUGGGUUUUUCUCUUUGUAAUUAUUCCUUUAGUUUAAUUAACCUUUUGGUUGUUUGUGCAAUAUUAUAUAUUUUAAAUUAUAAUGCAUCUCCCCAGAGUAUUUUGUAGCUGGGAAAACAACAACAACAACAACAACAACAAAAAAAAAAAACAGAAAAGAAAAAAAGAUUCUAACAGCUGUUAGUUUUAUAAUUAAAAAAGAAAGAAAAAAGAACUUUGUCCUGAACCUUUUACAGACUUGCCGUUAACAGCAUUAAAGUGAUUCAGC